ACCAAUGACCUGAUUUUGAUUUGUUUCAGUUUGUUGGUUUUGUUUGUUGGGGUGUUUUAAGCAAACCAAAGGCAACCUUUGUUCCUUAUUAAUGAUGGUCCAAUGUACUACUACGACAAGAGCUGGAACCUUCAGUGGAGUAUAUGCGAAACAUUUCAUCUUAGUCCUUGGUUAAUUAAAGUUAAUUAAUUGUAACCAUGAAGUUUGAUGAUAUUUUAGUAGAGAUCGGGGUUUUUGGCAAGUAUCAGAAAGUUCUUGGAGUACUGCUGUAUCUGUGUUCUAUACCCCUAUCGGAGCACGCCAUAGCUCAGGUGUUUCUGGCGGCCAAGACAGACCAUUGGUGUGCUGUUCCUGAAAGUCAAUCUCUAAACUGUAGCUCUCUAGAGUCGGAUUGUCUGGAGUUGCAAAAGGAGUUAACCCUACCGUUCACUGUCGACGAGGAUGGGAACACGGUGUAUUCCGAAUGCGAGCGGUACCUCAAUGCUCGGAGUAGUCCGGAGCAAGGUGUCUCCAAUUUGACGGACGGUCAGGAUGAUGGCUGGACCAAUGAAACCAUCGAGUGUGAUGCAGGGUGGGAGUACGAUCGAUCCCAGUAUAAAACAACUGUCAUACAAGACUUUGAUCUGGUGUGUGCUAAGGCCGACAUGUCCGGUAUCGCGCAGUCCGUCUUCUUUGCCGGUUUCCUCAGCGGAUCUCUCAUCUGGGGAGCAGUUGCUGAUUGGGCCGGUAGGCGACCAACGUUCUUCGUUUGUGUCACAAUGUCACUCGUCUCAGCAACUUCUGUUAGUUUCAUGCCGAACUUUGCUUCAUUCGCUGCCAUGAGGUUCUUUGUAGCAGCAGGAAACUACGGCAUAUAUUUGAUGGCGUUCAUUUUAGUGUCUGAGAUUGUUGGUCCUGAUUACCGGGUGCAGGUGGGUACCAUGUUAUCAGUGUGUUUUGCACUGGGAUACGUACUCUUGUCUCUGUUUGCGUAUCUUCUUCGUGAGUGGCGUCAUCUUCAGCUAGCACUAUCUCUACCAAUUUCGAUAUUCCUCUUAUAUUUCAUAUUUCUUCCAGAGUCUCCGCGAUGGCUCAUCUCGAAGAAAAGGUACAAGGAAGCAAAGAAGGUCAUCGAUACAAUUGCUGAGGUCAACGGGACUCAAGUCCCAGAAAACUUAUUUGACGAUCCGGAGGACCAUGAUGAAAAGGAGAAAACCACUGAAAGUUCCACGAGUCGACAGCCGACCCACAUCGAUCUGUUCCGAACACCAAAUAUGAGGAAGAAGACAAUUAAUCUAUUGUACAAUUGGUUUGUAUCCGGGUUUGUGUACUACGGACUUUCUCUUAGUACUUCAAGUCUUGGGAUCGAUCCAUACAUUGCUGCUUUCGUAUCUGGAGCUGUUGAUUUCCCAGCCUUCAUUUCCAGUUGGUAUUUCAUGCAGAGAUUCGGUCGUCGUAUAUCAGUCUGUUGCUACUUGGGUAUUGCUGGAUUGGCGUGUCUCAUUACGUCGUGUAUCUCUCCUGGUAUUGGACGGGCUGUAGUGGCGAUGAUUGGAAAGUUUGGCAUAGCAGGUUCUUUCAACGCGAUUUACACACUGUCUGUUGAAUUGUACCCAACACCCAUAAGAACCAUCGGUGUUGGUUUAUCAUCCAUGUCAGCUAGGAUCAGUGGUACCCUGGCCCCGGUCAUCCUCUUACUCGGCAAGUUCUGGGAACCACUUCCGUUGGUCAUCUUCGGUACCAGUGCUGUCGUAGCGGGCGCACUCACUCUACUUUUACCCGAGACGCUGAACCAACCUUUACCAGAAACGAUUGAAGAAGGAGAAAUAUUUGGAAAGGGACAGAGUUUCUACCUGAUGACACCAAAGGAAUCGUGCAAACCUGAGCCUAGCAGCAGUGACACCAAGUACAAACAUAUUCCAGAUGAGGAACAUACAGAAGUUUAAAGACACCGGACACUAUUGAGAGACAGAGUUUCUACCUGAUGACACCAAAGGAAACAGGGCCCAAUUUCAUAGAGCUGCUUAAGCACAAAAUUUCGCGUAAGCAAAAAAAUCCUUGCUUAG